AUGUCGAAAUUACAAAAGCAAGUUUCGGUCCAUGUGCCGGUAAACGAAGAACAUAAACACAUGGAAGGCGACGAUCAGACGAGCGUAAUGGCCACAAAGUUCGUGGAUGAGAUUUUGGAAAGUGCCAUCAGCGUGAUCUCUUCUAAGAUCAGUCAACUGCAAACCAUAACGACGGAAGGCGAAUCUUGUUUGUUCACCAAAAAAGGCGAUUUGGACGAAAGCCAUUCUCCCAGCGACUCCCUGACCCCUGUCAGCGAGGGCCAAGGAGACGUCCAAACGAUACCGUCUUCGACAACAGACAACGACGACCGGGCAAUAUGGCGCUGCGUGGGUGAUCCCAUAGUCUCUACUGGUGCGGCCGAUUCGACCGGCAUUUCGGCGGUGGUCAGCAGUUUCGACCAGCAGCUGCAGCUGUCUUCUAGUGACGAAGAUUUAGCGGCGUGGGAGGAAACUAAUGAACAAACACUUCAAGUCAUAAUGCAUGACGACGGCACAGAGGAGGAUGAAAAGUAUUUGGACGACAUCUCGAAAAAGUUACCCGGAAUCCCUGUACGAACGACGAUCCUGACAGGCGGGGUGGAAUUUAGUCCAUUGAUUGCGCUUCCGGGAAUUCGGCUGCGAAGACGUGCAAUGCCUUCACCAGGAAUUUCGCAACAGAACAAUCCCAAUCAGAAAGUUGAAAUCGCCUCUGCCGACAGUGUUCAACAAUCGAAAUCUAGCAAAGAUUCAAGCGGUUCUACCGCCAAUAAGAAAAAAUGGAAAAUUGGCAAACGUUUGAAGAAGUUAUUUGGCCGAACCAAGAUCAACUUACCAAACCAACCAACAACCGAUAAUAAUUAA